AUCAAGGAAACUACGUCGUUUGGUCUCAGUGCAGACCUAUAUAAAACAGUAAUGGUCAAACCUUUUGCUCUCCAGCUCUGAGCCGAAAAUGGAGUUCCUGGAUGAAGAUGCGAAGCCCAGGUUCCUCUUCCACUGUCGCGCCAAUCCAUCUUCGGCGCCUGAGCUCCAUAUCGAACCGCAAUCCUGCAAGCUCUUCUGCUCAAUCACCGUCGUACUAUCUUCCAUUUUACUCAUUCUCUCAAUUUUGUUCGUCCAGUUCGAACCAUUCAGAUCUAUUCUUAUCUGGAUGUCUCUCUCGCUUCUACUCGGCCCAUUCGCUCCCAUAUCCAUUACCGGCGGCGACAUUCGAGUCGGUCGAGGUCCGAUUCUCGAAAUUCCAGACGAAGAAUCCGAAAUGGAGGACGAUUCAAAGACGAAACCAGUUCAAAAGCGCUCAAAACCGCGCAGAUCCGGGGAAAUCGCCGCUGGUGUAAUUGAAGUUGUCGAAAAGGCCUCUUCAAAAGUGGAGAACAGGAAUGGAGCUCUUGGGAGUAGCAACAACGGUGUCGAUUUUGCGAUCGAGGAGGCGGAGUGGGACGAAGGGGAAUUAAAGGUUUUAAAGAAGCAGUUAGCGAAGCAUCCUGUGGGGAAGCCGAGGCGAUGGGAGAUAAUUGCAGAGGCAUUUGGCGGGAGGCUUAAAGUGGAGAGUGUGAUCAAGAUGGCUAAGGAAAUGGAAGAGAAGAAAUUAGGCGAUGAGGAUUCGUAUGCCCAAUUUCUGAAGAAAAGGAAGCCGAUGGAUAAGAGAAUUGAAAACGUGGAUGAAGAACGGGCAGGUGGCGUCGUCGACGGUCAGGCCGUCUGUUGGAACUCUAGUGAGGACAUUGCGUUGCUCAAUGCUUUGAAGGCUUUUCCAAAGGAGGUGCCAAUGAGAUGGGAGAAGAUUGCAGCUGCUCUACCAGGGAAGACGAAGGCAGCUUGUAUGAAAAGAGUUGGGGAAUUGAAAAGGGAUUUUCGAAAUUCGAAGGCUGGGAAUGACAUCUGAAGGAAUAUUAAUGGAGUUAUUAGCGAUCAACAUCUUGAACUGGUGUAUCAAAGAGGUUUCGAUCUCGGGAGUCAAAAACCUUCAUGCUUGAAGGUUUGCAGAUCCAUUUCUGCCUCUGGCAUCGAUCAGUUUACAGAAUUUGCGUCUCUUUACUCUGUUUCUGAAUGAAUCGCCAAAGAUUGGGCACUACGAACUGUCUUAAUGGAGGUUCUUGAUCAUUUUAAGUUCGUUUGAGCAAUUUUCCUCCAAAAAUAAACAUCCUACAAAUUCUUGAACGAAAAUGGACUAACCAGUUGCUAGAACAUAUAUAAA